UCUGUACUCUCCACUCUUUGCUUUUCACCUCAAAGCUUGUUGGGCGUUAUUAAGGUUUAGUGAGACAGUCCGAGGGGGUGACACGGUUUUACUACAGAGAUUUCAAAGUUGAAGAGAGAAGUUACCAUUUCUAGGGUUUUAGGGUUAGGGUAUUCUCAAAUUGCAAGAACAUGGGUUUUAACAUUCAACCCUAUGGGAUUCAAUCCAUGCUCAAGGAAGGCCACAAACACCUUUCUGGUCUAGACGAGGCGGUUCUCAAGAACAUCGACGCCUGCAAACAACUAUCCACUAUAACUCGAACUUCCCUUGGUCCCAAUGGUAUGAAUAAGAUGGUUAUAAAUCAUUUGGACAAGCUUUUUGUCACGAAUGACGCUGCGACAAUUGUGAACGAACUUGAAGUUCAACAUCCUGCUGCCAAGAUUUUGGUUUUGGCCGGGAAGGCUCAACAAGAGGAGAUUGGGGAUGGAGCUAACUUAACUAUUUCAUUUGCUGGGGAGCUCCUGCAGGGUGCCGAGGAACUUAUCAGGAUGGGUUUGCAUCCGAGCGAGAUAAUCAGUGGAUACACUAAAGCAAUCAACAAGACUGUUCAAAUAUUGGAUGAUCUGGUUGAGGAAGGUUCGGAGACUAUGGAUGUUCGUGAUAAGGAGCAAAUUGUUUCUCGAAUGAAAGCAGCGGUUGCUAGCANGCAGUUUGGUCUAGAAAAUACCAUAUGCUCACUUGUUGCUGAUGCAUGCAUCCAAGUAUGUCCGAAAAACCCAGCAAACUUUAAUGUGGACAACAUUCGUGUUGCAAAGCUCUUGGGAGGGGGCUUGCAUAACAGCACAGUAGUUCGAGGAAUGGUGUUGAAGAGUGAUGCUGUUGGGACUGUAAAGCAAGCAGAGAAGGCAAAGGUUGCUGUGUUUGCUGGUGGUGUUGAUACAUCAGCAACUGAGACUAAAGGAACUGUCCUCAUACAUUCAGCAGAGCAGCUGGAAAAUUAUUCAAAAACUGAAGAGGCUAAAAUAGAGGAGCUCAUCAAGGCAGUAGCAGAUUCUGGUGCCAAAGUGAUUGUCAGUGGAGGAGCAGUUGGAGAGAUGGCUUUGCAUUUCUGUGAGCGUUACAAGCUUAUGGUUCUGAAAAUCAGCUCAAAGUUUGAACUACGNCGAUUUUGCAGAACAACUGGUUCUGUUGCUAUGUUGAAACUCAGCCAACCGAAUCCAGAUGAUCUUGGAUAUGUGGAUUCUGUUUCAGUUCAGGAAAUUGGUGGUUUCAGGGUGACUAUUGUCAAAAAUGAAGAGGGUGGAAAUUCUGUGGCCACUGUUGUUCUACGAGGAAGUACUGAUAGUAUACUAGAUGAUCUUGAAAGAGCAGUGGAUGAUGGAGUGAACACUUACAAGGCCAUGUGCAGGGAUAGCCGUAUUAAUGCUGGGUUAAAUGCAAUGGAGAUCAUAUCUUCGCUAUAUGCAGAACAUGCAUCUGGAAAUGCCAAAGUUGGCAUUGAUUUGGAAGGUGGCUGUAAGGAUGUUUCAACCUUGAGCAUUUGGGAUCUCCAUGUGACUAAGCUCUUUGCUCUUAAAUAUGCUGUAGAUGCUGCAUGCACUGUACUACGAGUUGACCAGAUUAUCAUGGCAAAACCAGCUGGUGGUCCAAGGAGAGGAGAGCAACCUGCAGGCGCAGAUGAAGAUUAAGUCCUANAAAAUGCGAAUUGAUUAUUAUCUUGGUCAUGUUUGUANCUCAACAUGAUGACUCGAAUUUGACUUAGGCAAUGUUUUAUUUUAUUUAGACUUUAGUAGUGGUGUUCUUCACAAAAUUUUGAAUUUUGUUUUUGCCAUGAAAAUACAAAGAGGUGUGUUCUGUAAAUUUACGUAUUUGUAGCCCUGUUGUGUGAGUGGUGAUAUUAAUUUACUGAUCAUUAUCGCCCUGGCCUUUGUUUGAGAUCUCAUAUAUGUAAGGUUUUUCANGUAUCAGUUCUCUAGUAUNAAAGCUGUUACUCUUGAAAUUUA